UUUGGUAUGCGUCCGCUGACGAUUGCAAGGAGAAUGUCGAAUUGAUCAAUUUCCUUGAGGAACUACUUGACUGUGUCUCAUAGCAGUCUCGACAAAUCACCUCUUUGCGUUGGACCGCAGUCUCCCGGAACCUAAACGUAACAUUCCACGCACACGCGGUAAGCUUCUUCCCGGACGAGACGACAGCAGUUCACCAGUCCAGCCGGAUAGACUGAGACGUGGCCACUGCGCUGUACAGCUUACGGACGAGAACAACGACGUCGAGAUGUUCUCCUUCCAUGGAAGGCUAUCGGCUGCCCACGAACGGUGCACAUUGUACACAAUCUCAGGGUAUCACACUCAAAUGUGGCAUGCAAUACUUCAAGAGCUCUUACCAAACAAAAUGUGACUGCAACGGGAAUUAUCAUGUGACCACAGCCAUCGGCAGGAUCCGCCUCAGGAUCAUCGGCCCUCGACAGUGAGGCUCGAUUCUACAAUAUGUCCAGAUCAUUUGUCGAUGAUGGUUUCCUGGAAAUGAUCCCUGUUUGAUCAGAUGCCGCUAUUAUGGUUAUAGCACGUCUCAGUUGCCUUCAAACAACAACACCUCUAGUUCCAACCCGUGGCGGGCAACCAACCCAACGCGCCUCCUUGGGCAUGCCGCACGCGUACCAUUCACUGAUGCCUCGUGAAAGCCCCGCUUUAGGGGCUCUUAUUGGCUCUUUGCAAAUAUUCAAGGGUUAUAUUUGUGAAAAGUACAAUUCCUCUCAACAAUUCCUCAAUCUACCUGUGGCUUGGUUGGUUCACCAUUUCAAGACCAGCCUGGUAUUCGCCGGAGAAGAGGCACUUUAUCUUGGGUAUUCACCUACCCUGACGCCAGUGGUGCCUCGAAUCACUGGUCAGUUCCUAGCAUACAUGGCCUCUACGUGUGAGUGUCCUAGUUGGGAGAUAACGUGACGACAUCGCGGAAAAAAUCCCCCGCCUGGGAUUUCCCUCGGCCUGGCCGGUAAUCACCCAGCGUGUGGUUGCCCUCCUUGCUAGAGUUUUGCUGCUUGGGAAAAGUGAUCCUUUUUUUUGCUCUCGUUGCGGUUCGAACACCUCAGUUGUCUACAGCACAAACACGGUCUCGGUCACGCGUUGGCGAGUCCGCGAGGUCUUCUGGCUUGACAUGCUCCAGUCUCAUCCUCCAUCAGUUCAUUUUGUUGGCCGUGAUGCGCUGAAUACUUGACAGGGGCUUGGGUACUCCGAGUAUAGGUCGGCCUAGCAAUGUCAGCCACACUCAUUACAGGUAGAAUACUAUGAAUCACCUGGCAUCUCAUGUAGCCAUUAUCAGGUCAGAAUGGACGACCUGGAGGGACCGGUAGAUACGUAGAAAGGGACGGGGAUGCUUUGGUGUGCUUGUGCGCGCACACAUCAUGGACAGACCUCUCUGCCUUUGGCUGCCUGAGCUACGACCUCUGUGGUUUAUGUAGUUCUCAUCUUACCACACUAUAUAACAGAUCCCCUGUCUCUCUGUUCCUCCCUCUUUAGUUCUCACAUUUCUCACAAAGAGCCUUGCUGCCAAACAUGCAACGCUCUCCGAACUCAUUGUCACAGAAAAUGUGCUUGCGUCCGUAGGGGGGCAGCUCACC